AUGCAACCAAGACUGGUAGAACGACAUGUUCGUGAUGGACUCGAAGUCGAGCUCGAGCUCGGACGGUUUGACGAUGCAGCCGACAGUAGUGUUGAUUUACUGACUUGGCAAGCCGUUCGGCCUUGGAAGCACAAAAUCCCGCGUGACGACAACAAAUGUCCUGAAUACCUUUCGUCUCAGUUCGAGUCUUUUGAGGAUAUACUUCGAGUUGACCCUUUGCAGUCCGCAUGGAAGCUUGCCCGUCCACCGUCCCUCUACGCCCGAUCCACUUGA